AUGUUAGGAUUACCAUCUGGUGGCUCAUUACUUUCAAACAUGGAUUACAUUUCGGAGAAUAAUGAAGAGAGUUGUAUGUUUGAGUGGAAGAAACAGUAUGAAAAUAUUGAUAAAUUGAGAUUGAAACAGCUAAAGAAUGAACUUGUUCAAACUAGUGUUGCGGAUGACAACUUCAGAAUCAUUUUUUUGGUUAUUUUUAUUAAUACUUUCUGUGAGUCUACAAGCAUGGGUAAAUGUAAUUUGAAUCCAUUGUACUUAAUUAGAAGAGAUACUGAUUUAAGUAGCAUUGACUGGUACGAUUACAUUGUGGAUUGUUUGGAGGAAUCUGGUGGUGAUGAGGUUGAAUCUAAUGGUGAAGAGGAUUUAUGUGAUCAGGAUGAAGAAGAUUUUAAUGUUUAUAAAGUUAGUGAUGUGGAGGUGUAUGAAAGUAAAAUUUCAUGUAUGUAUCAGAAGAUAGAGGAUUUGAAAAAGGAUCUGGUUGUAAAGAUAGAUGAGGGAGUGUUGAAGUUUCCUCAAAGUCAAAAUUUCAAAAAUUGGAAAUUAUUAUUUCCUGUUGAAGAUUUAAGCACAGAAAGUUUUGAUUUCAAUUAUGGUUCACAAAAAUAUAAAGAACCGAUAUUAACACCUGGUUUUGUUCAAGUUAAUGAUGAAGAUUAUGGGAAUGAUUUUCUUAAUGAUGAUGAAAAUGUUGAAGAUUAUGAUCAAGGGAAAUGUUCUGGUGGUCAGGGGGAUGGAAGUGGUCCACAUGAGGGCAAUAUUGGUAAAAAUCAUGUUGAAGGUAAAGGUGAUGAUGAUGAAGAUGAUGAACAAGGAAAUGGAAGUGGUUGUAAUAAAGAAAAGGCCAUGAAUUUAAAUUCUGUUGUCGAAAAUGUUACUAAGAGUGUGGGUCUAAUUGAUAGCCAUGAAGGUGUAUCUUUUAGUCAAUUUAUUUGCGAUCCAGUUGUUGAAAGUUUUCUUAAAACUUUGGAUCAAGGUACUGAUGGUUGUUUAAAUCAGAAACUAGUUGAAGAUGAUGUGAAUUUGAAUUUGAUUGGUAUUGAUGAUGAAAAUGUUGAAGAUUGUUCAAAUAAAAACAAGGAUUCAAAUGAGACUCGAUCAUUGAAAAAUGAUAUUGUUCCAAGUUUUAGUCUUGGAUUUAGUCAAGAUUCUGAAGGUUCCAAGAAGUCAUCUCAAAGUCAAAUUUCUUCUGAACGGAUGACAAAGAAAAAGAUUAAGGAUAGAGUUAUUUUGGGAAAACCAAGUGUUGGUCCAGAGUGUGUUAUUCCAUAUGUUGAUGUUAUUGAUGCUAGUCCAGUUUCUUUUGCACCCCCUUUGGGUACAUUAGAAAGACCAUCAAAACCUGUUUCUGGAAAACCUAAAGAUAUAAAUGAAGAAGCAACAUCAGUAGUGGAUGUCAAAAGAAAGAUACAAAUGAAGUUUUCUUAUGUUUAUAAGUCACCAUUUAAGGAAAGGUAA